AUGGAAAAGAAUCUUAAAAACGUUUUGGUCAUUUCUUUUGGAUUUUUACUUCUCUUCACUGCUUAUGGAGGACUCCAGAGCCUACAGAGCAGUCUCCACUCAGAAGAAGGCCUAGGUGUUGCUUCCCUAAGUGUUCUCUACGCUGCACUCAUCUUCUCGUCCAUGUUCCUCCCUCCACUCCUCAUCAAGAAGCUGGGCUGCAAGUGGACCAUUGCAGGCUCUAUGUGCUGCUACAUCACAUUCUCCUUAGGGAACUUCUAUGCUAGCUGGUAUACAUUAAUCCCCACUUCUGUGAUCCUGGGCUUAGGAGGAGCACCACUGUGGUCUGCCAAAUGCACUUACCUCACCAUUGCUGGCAAUUCCUAUGCUGAGAAAGCAGGAAAAAAUGGAGAAGACAUUAUUAACCAAUACUUUGGGGUCUUCUUUCUGAUAUUUCAGUCCUCCGGCAUCUGGGGAAAUCUUAUCUCAUCCUUGAUAUUUAGCCAAGCUUCCACCACAGUGGAAGUCUCAGAAGAAAACCUGGCAUGCUGUGGAGCAUAUGACUGCAUGACUGAUACCACUAACAGCACUGGGUCAGCAGAACCCUCCAACUCCUUAAUCUACACUCUGAUAGGGAUUUACACCGCUAGUGGUGUGCUAGCUGUGUUGCUGAUUGUUAUAUUUCUGGACCAGAUCAAAUCUGACCAAGCAGAAACAGAGAAAGAAAUAAUAGAGACACCAUCCAUUUGGUCUACGUUCCUAGCAACUUUCCAGCACCUUAAAGACAAAAGGCAGUGUCUUCUAAUCCCUCUGACAAUGUACAGUGGUUUUGAACAGGGAUUUCUUUCUGGUGACUACACAAAGACGUAUGUGACCUGUGCCCUGGGGAUACAUUACGUCGGCUAUACAAUGAUCUGCUUUUCAGCAGUAAAUUCCCUCUGCUCUCUGCUCUUUGGAAAGAUCUCUCAGUUCACUGGUAGAAAACUUCUAUUUUCAUUAGCCGCAGCUACAAACACUGCCUGUAUAAUAGCACUACUGCUGUGGAAACCUCACCCUAAGCAGCUUGCUGUAUUUUUCAUAUUCCCUGCUCUUUGGGGCCUAUCUGAUGCCAUUUGGCAGACACAAACUAACGGACUCUAUGGCAUUUUAUUUGAGAAACACAAGGAGGCUGCCUUUGCAAAUUACCGUCUCUGGGAAUCACUUGGAUUUGUCAUUGCUUUUGGUUAUAGCACCAAAUUGCAAGUCUACAUUAAGCUGUAUAUUUUACUGUCUGUGCUUGUGUUGUCAAUGGUGACAUAUGGAGUAGUUGAAUACCUCAAAGCCAAGAGCUCCCCUGGGACACCUCCUGCUACAAAGAAGGAAAAUAUAGGACCAGUUAUGCAGGAAACACAGAUGUAA